AUGAACUCGAAGGUGGAUGGUCCCCCCGGGCCCUCCGGGGCCCCGCCGUCCGUGCGGUAUCAGCAACUGCUGCUCGACGAGUCCGGGUCCGGGUCCGGAUCCGGGUCGGAGCCCGAGGAGGACGGGGCAGCCCCGCUCUGGUCCGGUCCCCGCCGGCGGCGGAGGCUCCCCAGAGCCAGCCCUCUCCGCAGGGUCCCGGCCCGGGGCCGGGGCGACUCGUUGUCUCGGCUCCUCGCCGCCCUCGUCCUCCUGGCCCUGGCACUUUCCCUGGCCCUGCGGCAACUCCGGGCCCGGGGCCCGCCGGCCUCGGGACAGCGGGAUGGGAGCGGCCGGCCGGGCCGGCCCGGACACCAGCACCGAGCCGGGGUGUACCCCCGCGGCGCCGUCAUCAGUCCGGCAGACACGUGCUCCCGCGUGGGCCGAGACCUGCUCGUCGCCGGCGGGAACGUGGUGGACGCGGGGAUCGGGACGGCGCUGUGCUUGGGCCUGGUCCACCCCCACGUCACGGGUCUCGGUGCUGCUUUCUGGGGCCUCUUCCACAACGGCAGCUCCGGCCUCACCGUCUCUCUGACUCCUCCCCCGGCUUUGUCCCUGGCCCCCGGACUCGGCCGGCCCACUGCGCUGCACGCCCUGCACCUACUCCAUCGGAGGCUGGGCCACCUGCCUUGGGCCCGGGUGCUUACAGGCCCCGUUGCCAUGGCACAAGGCGGCUUCUCCGUGGAUGCCGUGCUGGCAGGGGCGCUGGAGCAAUUCGUGGCUAGUGGUCGGGGCGAAGGACUCUGCCCUCUGCUCUGCCACCCUGAUGGGACUCCCCUUGGCCCUGGCUCCCGCAUGGUCAACCCCCAGCUUGGGGCCGUGCUGCAGAGGGCGGCCAGAGCGCCCGAGGAAGACGACCAGUUCUGGGAUGCGCUGCUCCGUCCUUUGGCAAGAGACCUACCAACUCUGGCUGGCAAAUCUCUGUUCACGACCCCGCCCGAUGCCCUGCCCAGCCUCCAGCCUGCUCUGAGCUUGCCCCUGCGCCAGGGUUCGCUCUUCACAACCCCAGAACCAGUCACGGGGGCACCUUUACUGAACAUGCUGAGCAGGCUGGGGGAGGCAGGGCCUGAUGCUGAACCUUGCCCUCGAGUCUUGGAGGCCGCCCAGUUCGCCUAUGCCUCCGCCCCUUCCGCAGCCCCCGUGGGGAGCUUCCUAGCCGCCAUGGACAGCGGCGGCUCUGUGCUGCUCCUCUCCUCCUCCCUCAACAGCUCCUUUGGCUCCGGGCUCCUGUCUCCGGCCACCGGGCUGGUGCUCAGUGAUUUUGAGGGGGAGGCAGCUACCCAUUCGUGGACCUGUCCUGUGCUGCUCUGCUGUGGGCCUGAGGAGGAUGUGCUGGGGGUUGUGGCUACGGCGGGGCCUGCUGGGUCUUUGGCCAUGGCCCAGACCCUGCUCAGUCACCUGCUGCUGCAGCAGCCCGCUCAGGAUGCUGUUGCCAGCCCCCAUCUCCGACUCCGGCUGGGCUCUGGAGGGUUUCCCAGCAACUGUACCACCGGCACUCCUCUCUCAGGAGACGUCGACCACCCGGCUGGGCAAGCUCUGCUCCUGGUGACCUCCCGAGCGGAGCACGUCAGAACCGCUGCUGUACCCUCCCACUGCUGCCCUUCAGAAGGGUAUUAAAUUCCAAGGUAUGGGGCAUAGCCCAGCGGCAGCUUGGACGCCAUCCAGAGCGGAGGAGACAGAACAGGGCUCAGUGGGCUAUCCCGACGAACUCCCACUCCCAUGGGGCUCGGUGGACCAUCCGCACUCCUCUACCAGCCCUGUCACAGGAUGAGGCUAGGGAAGCCAAGAGGGCAGCACGGAGGACCCUUGUGGAGGAUGGUCCAACUCGGGCCUAGGGUUGAGCAGCCUUAUUCAGGAUCUGUGGCUCCAAAUCUGGGAGAGGUGUGCUGGAGCAGGGAUAGAAGAUCUUGUGCCAUGCCUCCCUGCCCCGGGGACAGCUGCUCUCGGUGGGUCUCGGGCCUUCUGGGAAAUAAGGCAUUUGAGGGGAAAGAAGGGAGGCCUCAGGUGAUUGGCCAGUCUCCUCUCCAAAUCCUUGGUGGUGUGAUCUCAAUACCAACCUCUUCCAGAGGCUUGGUCUGCAUCUGUCUCCACGAGCUGAAUUAAAAUGUGUGCAUGUA